GCCUGUGGUUGGGAGGACUGAAUAUAUACCGGGCACGUUUGUCAGUUUUGCAUCAGUUCCAACACCUCCACUCUCAGAGCAACAACAGCCGCAGCCGCCGUCUCAGCUCCUCAUCUCAGUCAUGAAGUCAGCAGUUCUCCUCGCCCUCCUGGCCGUCCUCCUCUUUGGACUUGUGAAAGGACAACGUAUUUCUCGAAGAUGCCGGUGCCAGGGUCCACUCAGGAAUGCUGUUCGGCCCAACCGCAUCCAGAAGGUGGAAGCUAUACCUGCCUCACCCUCGUGCCCCAACUUAGAAAUCAUUGUCAAGUUGGAGGAUGGAUCCAAAGCAUGUCUGAAUCCCCAGAGUAAUUUUACCAAGCGUUACAUGGAGUCACUACUCAAAGCACAAGCCAAGGCCAAAGAAACUACAACUGAGGCCGAUGCAAGCAGUGAGUUCACAACCUCCUCGCCAGAGUCACCAACUAUUACCAUGGAAACAGCAGCUACUGAUAAUUUCACCUCCAGUCGUGCCGAUGCAAGCAGUGAAUUCACAAACUCCUCGCCAGAGUCACCUACUAUUACCAUAGAAACGACAGCUACUGAUGAUUUCACCACCAGACGUUAAGCUACAAAUCUUAUCUGCCAGUCAAAAUAAUUCAACAUGAAUGCAGUUUCUGAAAUCUCUGAUGCAAAUUUCACCAUAACUCAAAUUCUUCCGUGGCACAGAACUAUGUCUUGCUUUGUGGAAGUGGUAUUUUUCUUUCUCCGUUUAAGGAUUGUUGAAAAGUCUGUGACUCAUGUAAUUUAAAAUGAGGUAUUUUUGUAAAAUGUUAAGUAUGCCCUUAUUUAAAUGUACAUAAAAUACAUAAAUAA